UAUGUGUGAUAAAUAUAUAGUACGAUAAGCAGAGUAUGAAAAUAUGAGUGCAUCAACGCCCACAGCAGCACAGCAAACGGUACCCGUUGCCGGUGGACCACCCGUACCUCCGGUGAAGCCCGUGCUUUCCUCACCCGGCGCCUACAUGGCCAACUUCCAGUCCGGUGCGGCCGGUUCGACGGUGGCACCACCAAUCACUGCCGGCAUCCACGGUACGAACAAGACGCACGAGAAGCCGACGAUCGCUGCCCGGCCGAUACCACCUCCGAAGCUGCCAAACUACUCGUCAUCCUUUAACAAGAUCGAUCGCGAUCGCAACGAGUUCACCAAGAUCGACAAAGCGGAACGGGAAAAGGUUAGCCUGUUGGCAACCAAACGCGAAAUGUUCUUCAAGUCGGAGAGCAACAGUCCGUCCGGACCGCCACCAAAUCCACCGGUCCAUAGUCUCAACCUGGCUAACAACAACGUGAUCCAUAAUAACAGCGCAAACGCGGCCACGACCGACAAACACAGCACGCCAGCAGCAGGGCUUACUAACUCGGUCGGCGCUACUAACAACAGCUCACCGCAGGUCGCCGUGUCGAUUGGCGCAAUGGUCACCAAUAACAAUCACAACGGACUAAACGGAUCCAUAACCACGAACGGGAGCGGUUUGGCCGGGAACAAUAAUAUCGCCAGUGCUGGUGGUGUAAACGGUCUGACCACGAGCAUGAACAGUGUUUCGUUGAAGGAAAAGCGGGACGCACUGCUAAACCAUCACGACGGCGGUGCAAACGGACACCACCAUCAUCAGCAUGCGGAUGCAACGAACGCCAAACUGGCGAACGAGCGGCACGAAAAGGAAAAGCCGAUAGUGAAAUCGAAACCGAAAGAGCUGGACGGAUACGUUGGGUUCGCGAACCUGCCCAAUCAGGUGUACCGGAAGGCGGUAAAAAAGGGCUUCGAGCUGACGCUGAUGGUGGUGGGCGAAUCGGGAUUGGGCAAAUCGACACUCAUCAACUCGAUGUUCCUGUCGGACAUUUACCACGCCGAGCAGCAUCCCGGACCGUCGAAGCGCAUCAAAAAGACGGUUGCCGUCGAGAGUACGAAGGUGUUGCUGAAGGAGAACGGUGUCAAUCUCACACUGACGGUGGUCGAUACGCCCGGGUUUGGUGAUGCCGUAGACAACAGCAACUGCUGGCUACCGAUUGUGGACUUUGUUGAAUCGAAGUAUGAAGAGUACUUGACGGCCGAGUCGCGCGUACACCGAACGGCGCUGCCCGAUUCACGCGUGCACGUGUGUCUGUACUUUAUCGCCCCGUCCGGGCAUGGGCUGAAACCGCUUGAUAUCGAGUUCAUGCAGCGACUGUGCGAUAAGGUGAACAUCAUACCGGUCAUUGCCAAAGCGGACACGCUCACGCCGGAGGAAAUUACUCUGUUCAAGAAACAGAUUCUGAACGAAAUCGCUCAACACAAGAUCAAGAUCUACGAUUUCCCGGAUCCGAUGGAUGAGGAGGAGGACGCAAAAGUGCUUCGACAGCUUCGUAGCCGCGUACCGUUUGCGGUUGUCGGAGCAAACGCGAUUAUCGAGAUCGAUGGACGCAAAGUUCGUGGACGACGCUAUCCGUGGGGCGUAGCUGAAGUUGAGAAUCUGGACCAUUGUGAUUUCAUCGCCCUGCGCAAUAUGGUUAUCCGGACGAACCUGCAGGACCUGAAGGAUGUGACAAACAAUGUGCACUACGAAAACUAUCGCUGUCGAAAAUUGGCCGGCCUCGGUACCGACGGAAAAGCCAAGCUGAGCAAUAACUUAUGCAAUAUUGGAACGGUUAACACAAAUGGUACUGGAUGGAAUCCGCUGGCCCAGAUGGAGGAAGAAAAACGAGAACAUGAAUCGAAGAUGAAGAAGAUGGAAGCCGAAAUGGAGCAAGUGUUUGAGAUGAAGGUGAAGGAGAAGAAACAAAAGUUGAAGGACUCAGAAGUCGAACUAACCAGACGUCACGAGGAAAGAAAAAAGGCUCUCGAGCUUCAAAUACGCGAGCUGGAGGAUCGCAGAAAGGCUUUCGAGCAGGAAAAGUCGGAAUGGGAACAGCAGAACGGCGUUACGCUUGACGAGCUGCGCCGCAAGAGCCUGGAAGCUAACAGUAAAGAGACCGCGUCUCUUGCAUCAAGAAGUUCCGAUGAGUCGAAGGGCAGGCGUGUGUUUGGAUCGUUGCUGCGUCGGCACACUAGCUUCGGAGCGCCGGACGCCGUCCGUGGCGUUACCGGUGCGAACGGUUCGACUUCCACUCUCACUACUAGCGCUAACAAUAACAGCAGCACAGUGCCACCCAGUCCGCAAGAUCAUAACGAAUCGUAAAAA